UUUUAUAUUGCCAUAUGCAACUUCUUUUUCCUAAAGUAACUUAAUUAUAGUUUUAUUAUGGCUGUCUCAUUUUUUUCAGGUGCGACGUUUCUUUGUCAAUUCGUAAUUAUAGGUAAGAUAUUUUUUCUUAAAAUUUUUUAUUAUGAAAAAAUUAUUGAUAGUCUGUCUAUUCGCCUGUCUCUUCGUCUGUCCCUUUCUCCAUUUCUCUUUGUAUGUCUUGCUGUCUUUCCCGCACGCUCAUUCAUUCAUUCAUUUCUGUAUGUUUCUAUCUGUCUUCUUCCUUACUUUCAUUCAUUAUUUCCCUUAUAAACCUACGUACAAACAUACGCACACGUACACAGAUAUUUAACUAUCCUACAUACAUAAAUGGAUACAAUGUUUCUAUUCUCUCUUUUUCUCUCUAUUUCCUAUUGAAUGAAACAAGAGAAAGCGCGAUUGAAAUGAGAGAAAUGAAAUAAAGUUGUGAAUAUGUUAGUGUGAAUAAGUUUACGCAACGACAAGAUGAUGCAACAUUUGUCAGGCUUCGAAGCUCAUCCAUGAGAGACGUAGUUUUUGACAGCUUUCUCAUGAGUAGAUGAUGUCCAAGUAAUUCCAACGGAAAAUAACAUAUAAUAACACUUAGGCCUAAGUGUCGUGCAAAAUAUAUUUUAACUGGAAGCGACAAGAACGUGACUAUACUGUACCAUAUGGAAGUAGCUCCGAUGCCAACAGUCGCGUACAUAUUCGUACAUGUGCCUUACAUAGAUGUCAUAUAGAAUUUCUUUAGUUUCGUUGAAAAAACUAAUUGAGUCUAUUAAUCCUGAACUAUGACUAUCUAAUUAUUGCCCAAUUGAUAUCAUAUAUCGUGUAUAGACCUCUUUUGAUUUUUCUACUUUUAGUGUCACCAGUAAUUAAGAUCAAUUUCAAAGUUACGUACAGCUCUUGCGUAUUUUACCCCCUUUUGCAGUUGAAAUUUGCUAGAAAAACGCUAGGUGUCGCUGACCAAAAAUAUACAUAGUUCGAUCUCUAAAAGCUUAGUCAUCCCUGUAAAUCAUCAUAUAGUGUGGUAUUAGAGGCAUUUAGAUCAAUACGGCAGUCGAGCCAAGUCACACUCUAUACCACAACAGAAGGGGAAAAUAAAUCUGAAGAAUGAAAUCUUUAGUUUCGCCGCCAACUGCCCUCAAUUGAGCUGUGAAGCGGAUUGAAGAUCAAACGGAAUUUUUUAUUAGGCCUACGUAGGCAAAGAGGAUUAUCACCAACCAUAUACAAUAAAUAUAAAAAAAAUAUAUGACGACUGUAUUGGGUUAUGUUAUUCAAGAUUUGUACAUUUAGUAUGAUUUGUUUUUCCGCAUUUCGACUAUAAUAUUGUUAAAUAUUGAUUGAUUAACGGAUGAAGUUUCUAUAAUGCUGUCCUGUGUACGAAAACGUAAAAUAACGGAUUAUGCUCCAUUAUGUAAACUGUCCGAUAGACAGAAGUGUUCUUGCCAUCCUACGCAGGCGUCACUUCAAUACAGACGUUCGUUUAAGGACUGGUGGCGUUUUCACAUUCGUAGGUUUGUCAAUUUUUUCCUUAUUGUUCUUUUGUAGUUCGUUUUGUCACUGUUAUUGAUUACCGCUAGUCAUUUGACGGUUAGCGCGUAUCUUUCUUACAUUUAGUACAGUCAUUGUUUGCUUAUGCGUAAUAUUAGAUUCAGUGACAUCCUAAGCUAGGAUGAGAAAGUGGAUUACUGUUACUACCUGCGCCAUCUACUGUCUAUGAAAGGCAGUGGAAAAAAUUCAGGGUCACGUGAUACACCGACCCUCGCCUCCUUCAUCAGACAGGCUAUUCGCUUUAAAGACAGUUAUGAUACCGUUGACGAUUAUUCAAUUAAACGACUCGUAUAUAGAAGUAGUAUAUUUCUAAUAUCAAACAUGAUCUAUUUCUUAUUUACAAAGAUUAAAUCUAUAAAUAGAUAACAAUGAAAAACGGUAUGGAUGGACAGUUAUACUGUGAAAAACACGCCACGUCCAACCAACCCACGACAUCCGAUGAGAACGAAGCAAAGAAUCAAGAACAGUUCUUUGAUUCGUUGGCCAGGAUACAAGGAAAAAGAUUGAAUGACCAACGCUGCGCACUCCCUGCUUUCUUUCAGAAAGAAACGUAUUCACCGAAAGAGCGAGAAGAUAAACAACCCUCCGUAGUAAUACUAAGUAAACGGAACGCUGAUGAGACGCUAUUAAAAAAGAUUUUGACUACGGAGGGUCCUUAUCCAAUGAUUGUUAUGCCUGAAAAAGGUGGUUACUGGAUAGAAGAGUGUGGAGAAUCGUCUGGAAAAUAUGAGCUAAAAGUCGAUGACACAACCAUCCUUUAUCGGAAUUGCUUCUUGGGAAAGGAGCAUUUUAAUUACUAUGGUGUAGAUGAUAAACUUGGCCCCCUCGUUGUGUCAGUGAAAAGAGAAUCUAAUAAAGAUUCUGAUAAAGUACUUGUUAUACUCAGGAUGAAACGCUCAACCGUCUACCGCCAAUUUUCGGAUAGCGAGUCCUUAAAAGCAAAUACGAAGCAGUUAGUCACCAAGAUGUGCUCGGAUAUAACAACAGAUAAAUUUACACCAGUCCUAUAUCAUAACGCUUCUCAACGGAUCGUUGAAUACGAUGAGCACGUAAAGAUGAAAAACUACAAGAUCGGUGUGAUUUAUCAGAAAAAGGGUCAGUGUAGCGAAGAAGAGAUAUUCGGGAAUAGCUUACAUACACCUGAAUACGAUCAUUUCCUUAAGAUAAUUGGGCGUAGAAUAAAAUUAAAAGACUUUGAAGGUUACCGAGGAGGUUUGGAUACCAAUCACUGUCACACUGGAGAAGAGUCUGUGUACACGGAAUAUGAGGAUAAACAUAUCAUGUUCCACGUCUCCACCCUCUUACCACACGAUUUCGAUCCUCAACAGUUACAGAGGAAACGUCAUAUAGGAAAUGAUAUUAUAGCCAUAGUUUUCCAAGAACCUGGUAGUGUUUUUGUUCCAACUCUAAUAGCUUCCAAUUUCCUCCAUGCGUUCAUUAUUGUACAACCAGUGAGGACAAAUGAAGGUUUAAAGUAUCGCAUUGCCGUAAGCGCUCGUGAUGAUGUUCCGCCAUUCGAACCUAAUUUACCAACGCCUUCACUUGUUCCCGAAAACCAACUACGAGAUUUUAUUAUCACUAAGUUGAUUAACGGAGAGAAUGCGUGCUACAAAGCUCAAAUCUUUGCCAAAUUGGGAGAGAGAACGAGAAGUGAAUUAUUGGAAACGCUAUACGAAAACUUACAUACCGCCAACGUACAAGCAUUAGGUCCGCUCGCUGUCUCGGCCUCAUCAUCGUCGUCUACUUUAUCGGCGCCCCCGAGCGCGGUAUCAACGGAAAAAGAGAGUUUCUUCGUUUCUGUAAAAAGAGCGUUAGGAGGUAGUAAACGGAGUCAAAGCGUCGACUCGAAUCUAGCGAAUUCGAAUAAGAAAAUGAACAACAACAAUGGAUUUGUAUCACCGCCUCUGGCUACUGUCGGUGAGUCUGAUAAACCACGAAAGAAAUCAGAAAAGAAAAGCUCCAAAACAAGUGUUUCUAGCGAAACCAGGUACACAAUUUUUACAAUAUUUCCCCAUUACAACUCUUUAUUUUCCAGAAUGAGUUGUCGUUUGUAAAGCUAAUCUUUGUAUUGUCUUUAUUUCAAUAUAAAUAUUUUG